AUUUAUUAUACUUGUAGUUGACCGCGAAACUACACAUGACACCCACGAAGAAGACCUUUAGCCUGAGACAAAUAAAAGAUGGCUGAGAGGCCGGAGCGGAGAAGUAUAGCCAACUAGAGGGGAUGAAAAUGGAGGCGAUUUGUUGCGGAAAGAUGGAGGAGAGGGCGUCGUCGUUCCGGCGGGUAGGAAGGAGUAACAGCACGCUUGUAGCGUCGGAGCUGGCGGCCUCCGAGGCGGCGAGAGUCGUCGCGUACAGCAGGCUGUCCCAGUCUAUGCGCGUGUGCGAUGAGCCUGCUAGCUGCCGGUACGAUAAGAGGAGGAAGAACAAAGCAUUGACUUUCCUCAUGAGGGUCUUUUCCUGCAAGAACACCGACGCCACCGCGAUCAAAGGGCAGACGGAGCAGAAGAAACGGCAGUCGUCUUGGCUUCCGGAUCACCGGGGAAAGGGGAUGGAGAUUGAAGGAAAAACUACAGAGGUAUUGGUUGAGCAGGAGAAGAAGAGAAGACAGCCGACCAUAUUACCUAAUCCUUACCGGCGAUGGCCUGUACAAGGAUGGUGAAAUCAAACAAUUCUGGUCA